AUGGAGUCCAAAGUGGUGCAACUAGAUGGACGUGUGGAUGGCCUCGCCGACUCCAGGGAGAAGUUGAUCGAGUUUGGCUUCGACUACUGCUACUGGUCUGUGGAUCCCGAGGGCCCUCAUUACGCGUCCCAGGAGGAGGUGUUCCAGGACCUGGGUGUUUCGGUACUGGCGGGGGCGUCUGAAGGGUACAAUGUGUGCCUGUUCGCAUACGGGCAGACGGGCUCGGGAAAGACCUACACCAUGAUGGGCACUCCGGCCUCCAUUGGCCUGACACCCAGAAUCUGUCAGGGACUGUUCAGGACAGAGGACAGCUCUCUGGAGGGGCAGAAUUCCUGCAGAGUGGAAAUCAGUUUCUUGGAGAUCUACAACGAGCGUGUGCGUGACCUUCUGAGGAGCUCAGAGCAGAAGAAGCCCUCCCCGCUACGUGUGCGUGAGCACCCUGAGAAGGGACCCUAUGUGCAGGGCCUGUCGCAGCACGUUGUGUCAGACUACAAGCAGGCGGUCAGCCUCCUGGAGGAGGGCAUCGCCAAGCGCAUCACCGCUGCCACUCACGUCCACGAUGCCAGCAGCCGCUCUCACGCCAUCUUCAGCAUCCAGUACACUCAGGCUAUUCUUGAGAACAACCUUCCUUCAGAAAUUGUCAGCAAGAUCAACCUGGUGGACUUGGCUGGCAGUGAGAGAGCAGAUCCGCACUACUGUCGGGACAGAAUCACAGAGGGAUCCAACAUCAACAAGUCCCUGGUGACCCUGGGGAUCGUUAUCUCCGCCCUGGCCCAGAACUCCCAGAUGUUCAGCAGCUGCCAGAGCAUCAACAGCAUGGCGAGCGAGGGGGAGAGCAGCACGGCGGGCAGCCAGUCCAGCUCUCUGUCCGGGAGCGGCCGGCGGCACUGCUUCAUCCCCUACAGAGACUCCGUCCUCACCUGGCUGCUGAAGGACAGCCUGGGAGGGAACUCCAAGACCAUCAUGAUUGCCACCGUCUCGCCUUCCUGCAGCAGCUACAAUGAGACGCUCAGCACGCUCCGAUACGCAGCUCAUGCCAGGAACAUCGUCAACAAGCCCCGCGUCAAUGAGGAUGCCAGUGUGAGGCUGAUCAGGGAACUGCGAGAGGAAAUCGAUCGGCUGAAGAGCAUGCUGUUGAGCUACGAGAUGCGGAGAAAUCCCAGUCCUUCGCUGAGUGACGAACGGGAAGGAAGUAUCUCUGAGAUUGUCCUGCAGAAUGAACUAAAGGUGGAGCAGCUGACUAAGGACUGGUCGGACAGCUGGCGGGACAAGAAGGAGCUGCUGGAGCAGUACAGCGUGGACAUCAAUCGAGACCGAGCGGGCUUCCUGAUCCACUCGCUCCUGCCACACCUCAUUGCCCUCGACAGGGAUGUCCUGAGCACGGGGGUCACCUUCUACCACCUCAGGGAAGGGGUGACUAGCAUUGGACCACACAACACACAAAAGGAACCCCAAAUAGUCCUGCAGGGGGAGGCAAACUGCGAGAUAGUAAACCAGCAUGGGAUUGUGACCUUGAGGCCUGUGCCAGGGACCGUCUGCAUGGUCAAUGAGCGGGAGGUGACGGAGCCGUCCCGACUGGCUCAAGGUGCAGUGAUAACUUUGGGAGGGGAACACAGGUUUCGCUUCAACCACCCCGCUGAAGCUGCCAUCCUCAGAGAGCGGAGACGGGCCAGUGAGGGUAUCCUGAGCUGCUGCCCUACUGAUCUGAGCCCCCUCACAGCUGACCCCAGGGCAGAGGGUGAGAGGUGUUGGGGGCAGGGUGAGCACAGGACAGGGGGGCUUGGUGAAGGACCCCUCCCCAGACAGAGGGUGGAGGAGCAGCAGAGGUACGUGGAGUGUCUCAGGGAGGAGAUCCAGGCGGAGCAGCAGCGGGCAGAGCGGGACCUGGAGAGGGAACAAGCACACCUGAGACAGCAGCAAAGAGACAUCCAACAGUGGAUCUUACAGGAGAAGCAGCGUCUUAUAGCCAGUGAAGAGAAGGGGAAACAAGAGCUUGGGGUGCAGACAGAGCCAGUGUCCGUAUCCCACCCAGAGGGUGCAGUCUCUGAGGACUCAGGGGAAGGGGGCAGCAGUGCUGUGAUGACCCCAUCGGUGGCGGUUGGUAACAGAAAGAGGGUGGUACAGGAGGAGCUGCUACGACACCACGCGUUGCGUCGGGCUGAGAGCCGUGUGCGACGCAAGCGCUUGCACUACCAGCUGGAGAGGAUUGCUCAAAAGCGCCAUCUUCUGGAGGCCAAAAGGGAACUGCAACGGCUGGAGAAUGCCAUUCCUUCAGGGCAGGACAGCCCCACAUCAUCUGAACCAGGGUACCUCUCAAGGACAAGAGGGCCAAGUGUCCUCCGCCGGCACUCCUUCUCUGCAGACCUCUUGUCCCGCUUGUACCCCCAGCGUACCCCUAUCUUUAGUCAUUUUUUAAGGAGGAACAAGUCUUUAGAGGUCCCUCAGCCACUGUGGAGGUCUUCAGGCCCUCGAAAAUGGAUGUCUGACGAGUGUCUCCCAUCAAAGAGGAUGAGAGGUCGUGCCAACACCUUGCCCUCAGAGUCCAGAUUUGGGCGUAAGGGUACCAAGCCCAUCAACAAGACUGCAAACAGGUUACUUGAGAAUUCAAAGGGAAACAGGACCAUGCAGAGAGAGACAAAAGUAGCAGAGAAAUCCCCCAUAAAGAUGGCACUUUCUUGUGAGGAUCUGGAGCACCUCACCCCAUCUAAUGAGAUGAAGGAGAGGCGCUGGAACAGCGCAGAGGUCUUAGCCAAAGUGUCUGACAGACACGCUGGAAGGCAGUGGAAGCUGGCAGGAUGGACAGAGAACCAGGAGCAAGAGAAAGAAGGUUCCUCAGACUGUGACAGCUCAUACUCUCUGGAUUCCCUCUCCUCUGCCUAUGCCACUGCCCUGACCGAGCAGCUGAGACAGGAGGACUCUGACAUGAGUGAAGGUGAGGGCAAGAGUGAGGCAGAGAGCAUUGAUAGCCAGAUGUCCCAGGACUCACUGGUGAUGGAGAACAGUAAAAAGCCUCCAGUGCGGCCCUUAUCAAAGGUGGCCGAGUCCCCAUCUCCAACCAGCCAGUGA